GUAAAAGAAUAGUAACAACAAUAAUGCAAACAUACCACCAUAAAAUCUUUUAUAUUUCCGUGUUGAUAAUAACAAUUGGAAAUAUUAGAUACUCAAAUGCAGUACUUGAUGGAGAAGACCCAGGAGUUAUUGAGUAUGUGCAAAGUUUACCAGAAUGCUCAAAAAAGCAACCACCAUGUAAUGAAUGUAGAAAACAUGUUCUUGCAAUGAUACAACAAGAUCGAGAUACUAUGACAGAAGAUACUCCCUCUCUGUUGUGUUGUUCACAAAUCAAUAAAUGGGGAAGAGAUUGUUACUCUUCAUGGGUUGCUUAUGAUGAUCAUAAAGACUAUAUGAUUUUUGCAGAUUCUAUGGCAGUUUUACAAAACAUUGAAACUAUAUGGGCAAAUUGUCAAUCUCAUGUGGGGAUUAGUACUGACAAGUUUGCAAUCUAAUUUGCAUAAGCUUAUAUUGAUUAGAUUAUAAAAAUAUUCCAAAAUUAGAUACACACAUCAUCUCAAACUUUUAAUUGAAGACGAAUCUAUAAAUUUAUUAAUAAUACAACCAUAUUAUAAAUAGAUACACACA